AACGGCAUUAUAUACUAUCCGUCCAUCCAUCCAUCCGUCCAUCCAUUCAUCCACUGCACAGCCCAGUGAGGGAUCAGCUAGACAGGGAAAAGCAACAGAUCAUGUUCUCUGAAGAAGAUCCAGCACAGCUCUGAGACAUCAGCCUCUGAGAUGAGACUCCAUCCAUCCUAAUUCUCUGAAGUCCUGAAGACCUGGACAAAAACAAAACAAAACAAGGACAUUGCAGACACCAAAAACUCUGGACAUCACAUCUGGACAGGAUUCUUGAACCCAAACCAGGUCCACAGGGACUUAAGAGGGUGCUUUGGUGUUUGUUUUUCUGUCUUGUACGGGGCUGGCGAAGGGGCCAGUGAAAGUUAGCCAAGACGCCGCGUGCUGUGCUCCGCGUGAAGAAUGCCCAGGCGCGCCUGCCCAAGCCGGCGGACACGGCGCCGGCACCUACGCCGGGCCUUUACAUGGAGCGCUCGCAGAGUCGCAUCAGCUUGUCUGCGUCCUUUGAGGCCCUGGCCAUCUACUUCCCCUGCAUGAACUCCUUUGAUGAGGACGAUGGCGAGAUGUCUGUUUCCAUUGCACAAGUUCAAUUAUUUAGAAAAUGUCAGUGUGAUAAGUGUGCAGUGGUCGAUUCUCAUCGGCCCAUAAGAGUGUGUACUGAUCCUGAAUCGAUGGCCGCUGAAAUGCUGUUUGUGCCCAGCCAUCAGGCACAGGUCAUCGUUUGGGGAAACUAUGGCCGGAUGGAUCGUAAAUGCUUCAUGGGCGUGGCCCGCAUCCUAUUGGAGGAGCUGGAUUUGACAAACAUGGUGAUUGGCUGGUACAAGCUUUUCCCCACCUCUUCUAUGGUGGACCCCACGAUGGCGCCGCUGAUCCGCCACUCCUCACAGCUCUCUCUGGAGAGCACCGUCGGGCCGUGCUGUGAACGCUCAUAAGACUAACAACUCCACUAGAUUUAUUUUUCUCUGGAAGGGCUCUCACAGCUCCCCCGAUCCUAAGAGUGCUGGUUGUGCAUGACUGCGGCACCCGAAACCUCUGGAAUGCUCUAGAAUUUCUUCGGAAACAAAUGACCUUUCUGCAAUAUUCCAGAAUUGACCAGAGAGGAAAUGCUCUUUUUCAGCCUCUGAGAAAAAGGCAAAGAAUGCAGACCAGACGUCUGGGCUUUAUUUUAGCUUUCAACACAUUAGCUUGUGAUGGUCUGUAUGAGGAAGCAUCCUCCAUUUAGAGCUGAUUUCCAGAAAGCAGGUAAAUGUUUGUGCAUUCGUCACAGUGGGUGCUGCAACGGAUUGGAUGAAACAGAUGGGUUCGUGCAAUAUAACAUACAAUAGAGAGAAGAAUGCAUCAGUAAUAAAAGUGCGGGUUUGCAUUCAUUUUCUUGUGUAAUUAACAAUACAAGAAUAGAUAUAUGUCUUAAAAAGAUUCAAUGUGUGUAGUUUGAAAAGAGUCGAUGUUUGUAGUUCAUGAUUUCGUUUGCACACGGAUCUUUUUCUGUUUGUGUCUCUUCCGUUUCGUCUUUCUCAUUACUGAACAGUGCCAAUGCUGCCAGCAAGUGGCUUUAUUUGUGGUUAGUGUCUAUAUUCAGUAACUACAGGCGUUAUGAGUCAGUAGUCUAAGCAGACACAUAUUUAAAAAGACUAAUUUUCCACAAUCUUUUCCCGAAUGGUGACAUAUUCCAGAUGAGGAAUUUUUAAUGUCAUUGUAUGUUUUCCCCCACUAAUAUUAUAUGGGAAAAUUAAAAUGGAUGCAAGAUGCUGAAGUAACAUAGUGAUUAUGAAAUAAAUGUGAGUAAAUUAUAUACUUAGAGUUAUAACUACAGUAGUGGUCGACAGAUAUGAGGUUUUUAAUAGCUGAAACCAAUAUCUAGAGAGCAGAGUGGCAUAAACAGACAUGAUAUAUACAUAUAUAAUACAAUUUUAUGAUGACAUGUACAUGAAAUGAAUUAAUUUAAAUGAACACAUUUUCAGAAAAAUAUUGAAAAAGGAAAAUUUGUUCCAUUCAUAAGGCUGUGAUUUUUAAAACAAACAUUAGGCAGAAUGACCACUUCUGAAAAAAAAAAAAAAAGAAAAAAGUCAAACAUUGGUCAAAUUAAUCGCCAUGGCCGAUAUUGAAGAGUCUAUUACUAAUUAUUAAAAGAUAAUUUAGUUUUGCACUUUAUAAUCUUAAAUGUCUUUCUUAUAAGUAACCGCUAGUUUGGGAUAAGCCAAAGUUCAUUUUCUUCUUAAUAUUAUGAUAUUAUUUGUGACUACGGGAUGCAGAACCUUUAGUAGCAAUGAUAAGGUUGUAGCAUUAGAUAGUAGCAUACGCAUGAAAGGCAUCUUAGUUUGCCACCAUCUAAUGAGAUUUUGCAUGGAAUUGAUUGAUACCGGAUUAUAGAGCGUUUUCGCUGGCAGUCGAGCAAACAUGUAGCAGCGGACGAUCAAACGAAAAUACUGUUACAUUGCACUGAGAUGUACUGUGUGCCGUCCUGAUGCAAGAUCAGCGUCAGGGAUUAAUAAAUACUGAUACAAAUGUUUUCAUACAUCCUGAAAUGAUGAAAAGCAAAACAUUUCUACGCUCUAGCACAGAAAGGGAAGAAAACGGCAUUCUGCAUAGCCAAGAAUUUUUACGUCCAGCAUAAAAUAUAUGACUAUUUGCGAAGAAAAUACACUAUUUACCACUAGACAAAAUAAUUUUUUAAAAAUAUGUAUUCCUCUCUGAGAAGUUCAGGAGUGAUGAUUUCAAUUAAAACUGAAAAAUGCAAAUACCCUCAACAUAAUCAUGCUAUAAAGGCCAUAUAAAGCACUGCCACAUUUAAAAAAAAAACUUUAACGUUUAUUGUCUUAAAAAGCAAUAACUAAAUUAUUUUUUUGCUCACUUUAUUUGUUACAGGGAUUAAAGCCAGAUUGUCUCUGCAUUACAUUAGAAACUUCUGCAUUCAUGUAGCAAUAUAUACUUGAUUUUAGAGGAAGCACUGAAUGUCUGAGAUCCUCAAGACUUUAGUGCCAUUUCAAACAUGUGUUGAUGGGCUAAAAUAAAUUCAUGAUUUGGAAAAACCUUUUCGAGCAAUGUAGUGAUUAGCAUUGUAUAUUAAUAUAGACGAUAUAUAUUAAUAUACAUGAAUUUAAUAUAGCAUCAUUUCAUUGUUCAUAUACAUCAAUGCCAAUCAGUGUCUGAAAAACUACAUAUGAAACUACAUCUUUUUUGGUCUGUUUAUUGUAAAUAGACAUCUUAGUGGGCAAAACAACAAUAAAUCAUCAAGGUCUGAUUUGGGAUGUCAAUAUUGGCAUUAAGGUUUUAGGCUCUAAGCAACACAGUUCUCUGUUUACAUCAGCAUGAUGUUAUUGCUGAUAUUUUUAAAUCUGGAUUGGAUAUAAAAUUGCUUUUAAACUCCAAAUACACUCCAGAUGGUAUGAAAGUAUGAAAUAUCUCCAUUCCACAGUAGUUUUUGUAAAGCCUUAACUUGUAAACCAGAGGUCUUAACACAAUUCCAGUUGUAUGGCGGAGAAACGAGCAUGCAAGAAUGUCAUUCUGCUUUUAUUUCUAGUAGUUUUCUGUCUUUCUCUUUCUUUUUGUAUUUACUGUUACUUUAAUAUGGUAAAUAGUCAUGGCCUUUUGUCAUCGCAUUUUUCACCACACAAUUUUAUAACUAAUUAAUCUACCAUAUCAACUAUACUUGUUGAAGUUGAUAGGGCAAAAUGAUCAACAUAUUCCUAAAAAUUGGAUGCUGUGAUAUUUUUCUUUGUGGAGAUACUUGUUUAAUUCCUUAUUACUAUUCAUUAUAUGUACAUUUGAAUUCGUAAAAUAAUGUCACUGUUGAUUAAUGCACAAUUUAGUGUAUUGUUACUCUGCUGAAAAUGGUUAUGCAGAAUAAAAUA